UUUUUUCUCUCUCUCUCUCUCUUCAUAUGUGUAUAUACAUAAAUAUACAUAUGUAAUGUUAAAGUUUGCUUUUGUUUGUCUAUCUGAUAACAUUUAAAUUUGAAGAGCAGCAACGACCAACCAAGGUGAUAAUGGUGAGUGACGGCCCAGCCGAAUCUGACGGCUCAGAUUUAAUAUCGACCGGAUAUCUUGAAGACGUGCUUUUCCAGUUCAGCUCUAAACGGAGAAGGCUGCUCCUCCUCCCCAACCAUGUCGAUUACACGUCACUCCACUUCGAUUCCUCAAUCAAGGACUGCUGGGCAUCAGAUCCCUUCCAGAAUUGUUACCAGGAUUUUAACUCCCUGGGUGAGAUAACAAAGUUCGACAGAAACAUUUCAGAUAUGAAGACGCCUGAAGAGGCAGUUUCGGAAGAUUAUUAUGAUUCAUCAUCAUCUUCGCAGAAACAGUGGACACCAGAGAAAGAAAACCUAUACUGCACAGACCCCAUAUUUUCUCCUGGAGAGAAAAGAAAGAAGAGAUUGGUGUAUCCAUUUGCGUUGGUGAAGCCCGGUGGAUUUGAAGGGGACAUGACAUUGAAAGAGAUCAAUGAGAGACUCCUAAUGGCGCCAACGAGGCCAGUUCGCCAUCCUGUGGGGGACUUUGCCUGUCAACCACUGGUGUCACCAAACGGGCCGGGCUUGUCCGGUAAAGCUGUCGUGGCAUUUAAAAGGAUUCACACACAGGGCAGAGGCACCAUAACUAUUAUAAGGACAAGAGGUUGAAGGAAAUUAAUUAUGUUAAGCGGAAGAUGAUGAUGAAUUCUGUUUCGUCACCCAAACCUAAUGUUAUGUAAGGCUUGGCUUGGUUUGGCUUGCAGUGUAUAGGUAAUUAAUUAAGGUAAUACUAUACUGGUGGUAUAGUAGUAUUAAAUAGACACCUACUUAUUCAUGUAAUUAAAUUUGCUACAUUUAGAUCUGCCCUACGAGGUUCAUGUUAUCAUGAUGUGGAUUGUUAAUGACAUUAAUAUUUGUUGUAAGUAGUUCACCC